CAGACGGAAGCGCACAAGUUAAAAAGUUAAAGCGCUCGUCCAGAAAGUUCGCUGCAUAGGUAGGCUUGCUCCAGGUGCAAGGACUUGGGCGGUUGGCGGAGUUUGUUCUUGGACAACGUCUUGAAGUUGAUGCUCUCACGAGUUUGACGCGUUCUGGAGGACAUUUUGGAUGCUUUGUUUGUGCACAUUUUAUCGCAGGCAGGUAUUUUGGGCAGCACGACCCUUGCACAACCAUAAGUAGCUCAGCCUUGCGAUUUCCUUGCUUUCCGCUGCCCAGGAUUUUGCGCCCCUUGCCUUUGAGGCAAUGGAUCUGGACAAGCUAGUUAACGAUGCAACCAAGUAUCUGGAAGGACCCCCCUUGCUGUCAAACAAGGAGGAAGUACGAAAUGCAAAGCUUCUCCUGGCAAAUAUUGGAAGAAAAGAAAUGGGAAAUAACCUGUUCAAAGGAGAAGAGUUCGAACAGGCAAUAAAGGUUUUCAGGGAGGCUUACCUGGAUGUCUCAAAGAUUCCUUGGUCGGAAAGCAAAAAGUACUACAAUGAUGCCAUGAAACUUCUUGAAGCACUGCGCCUCAACCUGGCUGCCUCUCACACGAAGCUUGGGAACUUUGAGAGAGCUCUUGAAUUUUGUUAUUACGCCAUCAAGCUUCGACCAGAUGCGAACGCCAAGGCCUUCUACAGGAGAGGCAUGGCAUAUGAGGGUUUGCAAAACUUUGAAGCUGCUCAAGCAGAUCUCAAGCACGCGAUCCAACUAACCGGGGGUGAUGCGGACAUUCAGAAAGUUCUUGAUAGAGUGGAGGCUGCUCUUGCGGCGAGGGCAGCGGAGAGCGAGGCUGUGAAAGCAGCCAGAGCAGAGAGAGAGAGGAAGAAGAAGCAGAAGCAAAGGAAGAAACAGGAGUUAGAGGCAGCUAGGUUAAGGCAGAUUGAGGACGAGAAGAAGUCGAAGGAAGCUCAAGAAGAGGAGGCACGCAGAAAGCGAGUUGUGGCAGCAGAAGAGGCGGAGAGGAGGAAGAAGGAUCUGCUGGCGCAGGAGGCUAGGGAGGCUAGGGAAGCUGAGGAGUUGAGGCGGAGAGAGGAGCAGAGGGCGGCCGACAAGCGGCGAGCUGCCGAGGAGAAGGCGCGGAAGAAGGCAGAGGAAAGGUUGAAGCAAGAGAUGCGGGAGCAGAAGCGGAAAGAAAAGCAGAUGGCUGAAGCGAGAGCCUAUGAGCUGGCGCUCCAGAAGAGAGCACGGGAGCUAGAGCAGCUCGCCCUGCAAGAGAGGUUGGCCUUGCAGGAGGCUCAGCAAAGUUCUGUGCAAUCACAAGCAGAUUCAAGAGAAGCGGCUGCAAGGGAGGGCCAGAGGCAAGUGCUUGCUCAUCUGCAAAAGGAAGGUCAGUCACCAUUGGACGGCAGAAUCGUGGCCAACGGGAGUUCCAUCAAGAUUCCGGCCACUACAUCAACCUCCAUGGUUGAGAAUGGUUUGCAACUCAGCAAAGACAAUGGGCGGCCUUAUACCCCGCCCUUGAUCGGUUCCCCGAGCCGCGCUUCCCAAGCUCAAUUCCCCCGAUUACUGCCAAACCCGAAUGAGGCAGAGAAAAGUCUGGUGGGUUCGUCAGCCACUGAGAGUCUGGGGGACAGCUCUUGGGAUACAGUAGCGUCUGCUUGGCCAGAAGCAACUUGGGAUGUUCAAGAAGACGUCCAAGCCCCAGUCAAUUGGAACAUAACGGGUCAGGAUGAGCAAGGGUGCGUUAUAUGCAUGGAGCGGGAGAAGAAUGCUCUUUUGUUACCCUGUGGACAUUUGUCAGCUUGCAUGCAAUGCAUAGACAUGGUUAAGAGCUCUGCCAAACCCCUGUGCCCGAUCUGUAGACAAGCUAUUGAGGACGUUAUUCAGAUAAGUUGAAAGGCAACUGUAGGAUUUCAUAAUAAGAUUAGCCUUUCCGAAAGGUCUUUCCAAC